AUGGAGUAUUAUCAGGCCUAUAAUGGUAAGGAAAAGGUUUAUGAGACCAUUUAUGGCGACGAUGUGAAGUCAUACUCGCACUUGGUAUGGUAUAUUAAUGCUAUAAGGGAAACCAACCCCUGUAGUAUGAUUGAUUUUGAAUAUGAUCCUGCAAAGAAACAGUUCCAACGGAUUUUCAUCUUAGGUUGCUUGACGGCAGCUACUGGGAUCAAUGGUGAUAAAGGUUUUUUCCCACUUGCCAUGGCACUAGUCGGUUCUGAGAAUAACGACAACUUGGAGUGGUUUUUAAGGAAUUUGACUCAAGUUAAUAAUUUUCCCAUCACUAGCUCAGAUCCUAGGUACACGCUUAUGUUGGACCAUUUCCAAGAAGCGACAUAUGCACUCUCACCUGAAAACCAUGCUAAGGCCAUACAUAAAAUUAAAGAUUUGAAUUGCGAUUGGGUGGCUGAUUACAUUGAGACCAUCCUACCUGAAUCAUAUGUGAAUGCCUUUUUCAAAGGUUUUCGGUAUGGACGCACAACUAGUACUCUUGGAGAUUCGUUCAAUAGCUGGAUUCUGGUUCACAAGAAGAUUCCUGCAUCUGCUCUUCUUGAUCAAAUUAGCAGGAAAGUAAUGGUAAUGAUGGCAAACCGUCGUGAUGAUGGCGCUAAUAUGAUGACUCCAUUAACUGCAAAGUGGCGCGUAUAUGGUUUCCCUUGUGCUCGUGCUCUUGCAGCCAUACGAAAGAUUAAACGUGAAGCUAUUGAUUUCAUUUCACCGUAUUUUACGAGCGACUAUUUUAGGACGACUUAUUUGCAUGCCAUCCAUCCAAUUCCCAACUACAAUAGGCAUGUUGAUAUUGACGAAGACAAGACCAUCAACCCGCCUAUUGUAAAGAAACAACCAGGUAGACCCCAAGGGAAAAGGAUUUUAAGUAAAGGUGAAAAGAAAGUCAAGAGGAAAUUUCAUUGCAGUAAUUCAAAGGAACCAGGUCACAAUAGGAGGCAGGUUUUAAGAAUCCUACGAAGUACACAUCCCCUAGCUUGA